AUGCCUUCAGUUCCUCUCGAGGGUUCUCCCGGGCCAGCCGCCGUGCCCGAGGCCCCCGGAGUCUUCUCGUCCCCAGUCCAGGCGCGAAUGGGGGAGAGCAAAAAGGAGUUAACUUCUCGGCCCUUCUUCGCCACCGCUCGCCUAGGCGAGUUCACAGACACGAAGCGCCUGCGCCCACAUCUCGCGGCGUCUUUCCUCUCUCCGAGACGGGACGCUCGGCCGGGAGCUAAAGACACAAGACGAACCAGUGAAUCUGCCUCCUCUCUCUUUGCCGCCUCGGCGUCUUCCGGAGAAGCCGAACCGCCGCCAGGCGCAGUCUCCUGCGGCGCCGCGGGCUGCCGGAUCAUCGGCGUCGGGAGCGCUACCCCGAGUCACGAAAUGACAAACAGCGACAUGGCGGAGGUUGUCGAAACUACCGACGAGUGGAUAAGAACUCGAACCGGCAUCCGCUCUCGUCGCGUAUUGUCCACGUCGGAGAGCCUCCGUCCCCUGGCCAUCAGUGCCGCCCGAAGGGCCCUCCAGAAUGCCAAAGUGAAGGCAAGAGACGUUGAUCUCGUGCUCCACGCUUCCUCGUCUCCAGACGAUCUCUUUGGAGACGCGACAUCUAUUGCUGCUGGCAUUGUGCACGCCGAGCGAAUUGAAGAGGGAACCGCCGGACAGGAAGGCGACGCGAUCGUAGGCCCCGCGGGAUUUGACUUGACGGCCGCGUGUUCAGGAUUUCUCGUUGGCCUGAUCAGUGCUAACGCAUUUCUAACGAGCCCCUGCUGCCCGUACAAACGCAUUCUGGUCGUGGGGGCUGACGCGCUCACGCGGUGGAUUGACUGGACGGAUCGAAAUACAUGCGUGCUUUUUGGCGACGGAGCCGGGGCCGUUGUUCUGGAACGCCAGGAUGCCACCACGCAGCCGCCUGCCGGAGAGGGCGAGCUCGAACGUGACACACGCAAGGGAAUCCUGUCCUACAUGCUGAACAGCGACGGCCUGCAGGCUCACCAGCUGACGGUGCCUUUCAAGGGGAUACCGCAGGAAUUGAAGCGUGCAGAGGGAAAGCCUGCUCUCUGUAUGAGCCAGGGCGGGUAUGCGUCUUUGGCCAUGAAUGGCCGCGAAGUUUUCAAGUUUGUCUCGCGUAAGGUCCCCCCGGCGAUCGAGGCCGUGGUCCAGGCAGCUGGCUUGAGAACAAGCGACAUUGAUUGGCUUCUUCUUCACCAGGCCAACAAACGCAUCAUGGAUGCCGUGGCGGAGCGUUUGAAAAUGCCGUUGAGCAAAGUGCUCUGCAAUUUAGACAAGUACGGCAACACGUCUGCAGCCUCGAUUCCCUUAUGCCUGGACGAAGCAGUACGGGAGGGGAAAGUCAAGCCUGGCGACGUCGUGGUGACUGCUGGCUUUGGCGCCGGCCUCACAUGGAGCGCCGCCGUCUUCCGCUACGGUUAA